CAGCAGUAUGAUUUCUGUGCCUGAACUGUUGGGUGGAAUUUGCCAAAAAUUGUGGACUAAAAUCGUGUGCUAAAAUCGUGUACUAAAAUGGCAACCGAAGGAGCGGUCGGUUGCGUGAAGGACGCUCUUAAAGCCAUGGCGCCCAAAUUAAACUAUCUUAAAGAGUUCUGGCGCCGUUAUCUAAUUGUCGAGCCGAUAUUGAUUUUAUUUUGGUCACCAAGUGUAUUAAGUUUGGACUAUUUGCCGAUAAACAAUGAAUGCCGCUUUAAUCUGAGCUACGACGCAUUCACGUGCUUUUACAUAGCAGGCGAAACCUUUUGGCCCAAUUUUCAUUUUGAUGUUUGCAAAGAUGAGACUGAUCCACUAUUGAACAAUGUGUAUUUAUAUAGUUCAAGAAUAGCAUUCGUUAUUCCAUAUAUUAUUUUAAUGUUUUCUGGAGGCUGGGCGGAUCGAUACAAUCGGCGUAAAGCAUUCUUAAUUAUACCAGUUGUGGGCAGAUGACUUUACUAUAAGAAUCAGUUCAUUUUUUCGGUAUUCUUUGAUAGUCUGCCGUUAAAAUAUAGUUGCUAUAGCUCAAUGCUGCCAGCUCUUUUUUGGGGAUAGUCCAUGCUUCAUGAUGUCUGUGUUCAGUUACAUAACCACAACAACUCCAGAGAGUGAUCGAUUUUUACGCUUCAGUAUCCUUGCGGUAUUUAUUUUACUUACAAACUAUCUAAGUGUAAUCAUUGAGCCUAUCAAUUACUUUGGGUAUUCAAUAACUUGCGCAAUAUGUGUGCUUAUUCAAAUCGCUGGCAUACUCUACGUUAUCUACUUAGUGAAAGAGCCGAAGUCAAAUGAAAGUUUUUCUCAAUGGAAUGAUUCCGCUGCCGAUACUCAUUUAACAAAUCUGGAUGACUUGCCGAUUAAAGAGAACGUCACAGAUGUGCAAUUAUCGUUAAAACCUCCUCGCCGAAAUGUGUUGAAAGAAUUCUUUGAUCCGAGUCUGCUGUUGGAGUUUAUUAAAUUACCUUUUAAGAAACGAGGCAAUAAUGGUAGACUUAUAUUUCUGCUAUUAAUUUUGUGUUACUACUUGACUGUGGGAACUGUAUACAUUGAAUCAAAAUAUUAUUAUGAUCAUAGUCACAACACAUACAGAAUGAAAAAACUUGUGACAUCUAUUAUUGGAGCCUGUCUUUUUGGUGUAAUUUUUAGUAAAAUGUGGAAAUUCUCCGAUUCCAUGAUUGGAAUCUGGAUUGCUGUCUUCACAGCUGUGUCUCGUGGCAUGUUUGUCAUUGCAGAUACUAAAACAACUUCUAAAGAGUUUUAUACUGCUGAAGUGCUCGAUUUGUUUUCCAUUCUUCGUAUAAUACCAAUUAAAUGCAUAGCAUCAUCUAUUAGUGAGGGCGAUGGAAAAUUAUUUUCUUUCUUUGGCAUCUUGGAAGCAAUUUUUGUCUUCAUAUAUCCACGCAUUUUUGUUCCAGUCCUUUCUGUCGUAAUUGAUUCAUUUGAGAAUUUAAUGUUGCUAUUUAUUGAACUGUUUUACGUACCAAAUGUGCUGAUUUUGUUUGCUUGCUAUUUCCUAAUUCGUCGUCGUAGUGUGAACUUGGCUUACCAAAGUUAAGAAACUGAAGGGAUAAAUACAGAUCCGAAGAUCCAUAAUCAAAUUUCUCAAAGAAAUAUUCCUUA